UCAAGCAGCUAGGGAUACAUCCCAGCUGGCAAUUUGUAGAUGUCUACGGAAUGGAUCCGGAGCUACUCAGCAUGGUGCCAAGACCUGUCUGUGCCGUUCUGCUACUAUUUCCAGUAACCGAAAAGUACGAAACGUUCCGGACGGAAGAGGAAGAGAGAAUAAAAUCUCAGGGACAAGAAGUCAAACCCUCAGUAUAUUUCAUGAAGCAGACCAUCAGCAAUGCCUGCGGGACAAUUGGUCUUAUACAUGCCAUUGCGAACAACAGGGACAAAAUUAACUUUGAAGCGGAGUCGUCGCUAAAAAAGUUCCUGGAUGUUUCUGUGUCCAUGAGCCCUGAAGAGAGAGCCAAAUAUCUAGAAACCUAUGAUGCUAUUCGUGUUACUCAUGAGUCCAGUGCCCACGAAGGUCAGACUGAGGCACCUAGUAUAAAUGAAAAGGUAGAUCUCCACUUCAUUGCAUUAGUAAGCGUUGGCGGCAGCCUCUAUGAGUUGGAUGGACGGAAGCCAUUCCCAAUAAACCACGGGCGGACAAGUGAUGAAACGUUCUUAGAGGAUGCAAUAGAAGUAUGCAAGAAAUUCAUGGAGCGUGAUCCAGACGAAUUAAGAUUUAAUGCAAUUGCUCUGUCAGCAGCCUAAGUUAUUCUUAAGUGGUGGUGAAAAAACCCUGUGUGUCUAAGUAUUGUAACAAUUAUGCUUUUUUGCCAUGAUUACACUUUUGAUACCUCCCAAGUAACAUGUUGAUGCAGAUUAAAAUUCUGAUUUGUCCUA